AUGUCGGAAGACAGGCUCAAGAUCUCGCUGCGCAGCGGCCCCAAGCGGAACAAAAGCGCCCGCCCUGUCAUCAGCGCGCCGAGGCAGAUCUCAGCACCAAUUGGGCCUGCCACCCAGAACAGCCUACCCCUGCCACGCAAUGAUGGCCCGCGGCCGACCGGUGGCGGCGACGCCCCGAUAUCACGGCCAAAGCUUCCCCAGCAGCCCGGAGGAAAGACGUCAGACUAUAUCAAGCGACGCUACUCCGCACGCUUUAACGACUUGCCCAAGAACGAGUUCGCACCCCCAGUACCGUCCUUGCCAUCCUUCAACCAGUAUGAGUCGGCCGCCAGACGGCCAGGAGCGGGUGGUGCCAACAUGCCGAUUCAGCGCGGUGGGGACGACCGAGGGGGCCGGGGCGGUAGUGGAGGCGGUGGCUCAGGAGCACCGAUACCCGUGGACGUCAAAGCGCUGCGUGACCCCAAGCUCAGCCCAGACCAGUAUGUGGCGUCGAUGCUGAGCGAUGCGUCCGACGAGGAUAUCGCUCGCUAUGAGGAGGCACUACGAGAUUUGCGGUCACGGGCGGCCGGCGAUUUGCAACAAAACAUCUACCAGAACCGGGCCCAGUUCAUCAAGAUUAGCAAAGAGGCUGAGAAGCUCAAGGGCGAGAUGCGCUCGCUGCGCAACCUGAUGGCUGAGCUCAAGUCCAACACGACCGCUCUGCGCUCCGCCUCGUCGACAUCCAUAUCCAACCAGUCCUCGUCUGGCGGUGACGGCGGUCGUGGUGGUGCCGAUGCAAGUGGUCUCGGUGGCGUUGGUUUUUCCACGGGCCUCAGCAAGCGCGACAAGCGCAGCUCGGUGGCAGAUCGGACGGCACUGUGGAACUCGCAGAUGCAAGCCCUGUACAAGAACGUCGAGGGCUCACAGCGGUUUCUGCCCAUGACGCUUGGCCGCCACGUGGUGCAGAACGCCGGCCAGUGGAUUGAGUUGGACAAUGCCACCUACAAAUCACGACGCGCCAUGCAAAUCUUCUUGCUCAACGACCAUCUGCUGGUGGCCUCGCGUAAGAAGCGCAAAGCCGACGGGCCGGGCAGCAGUGGUGGGCCGGUGCUAAAGCUCGUAGCCGACCGCUGCUGGCCCCUGCUGGACAUUGAAGUCAUUGACAUGGCUGGCUCGGGCGAGUCUGUGACGUCGCCGUCGCUUGGAAGCAGCAGUGGCCCCGGCUCCGUGCGGUCCAAACUGACGGAUGCCAUUAUGGUGCGUGGCGUCGGCCAAGAAACAGUGCUCUACCGGACCGAAAAGCCAGACGACCCCGAGAAGUCCGCACUGAUGCUCAACAUACGCAAGGUGGUUGAAGACCUGCGGCGCGGCAUCCAAUCGGAAAUGGAGGCCAACAACAAGGCCAAGGAGACAAUCAACUACUUUGCGUCGCGUGAUCCGGGACUGUUGCAAAAGACGGACCUUCUCGAGACGCUGUCCGACAUCAAAGACAUGCUCAUUGAAGUCGACGGCAAGCAGCAGAAUCUGCGGUGGGUCGAGAGCCAGAUGGAUGAGCUGGACAUUGACAUUGCCCUGCAGCAGUUUGAGCCUUCUGUCGCGCGCGUCGAGAAGAUGCAGGGGCUGGCGCGCGGGUUGAAGAACAACGCCGUGGCGCAGGACUUUAUCGAGUUCAAGGUUGAAGAGCGCUCGGCUCGCCUUGCAGCGCUCAUCAUUCGCGAGUUGAUUGACACACACAACGAACAGCGCAAGAUGCGCCGCAACGUCUCGUGGUUGACGCGCCUGGGGUUUGAAGACCGGGCGCGCGAAGCCUACCUCGAGGCCCGCAGCAGCAUGAUCCAGAAGCGUUCCAGGCAAUGCAUCUUCCAAGGCGACCUCCACCUCUACAUCUGGGAGCUCUCGUUUGUGUACUUUUCCAUUAUUCGCAACACCGUCAGCUGCUUCCAGAGCUGCUUCCCACCGCCGAUGAUGAGUGCGUGCGUCAAGUGGGCCAAGGAGGAGGUCGAGGCCUUCAACCGCAUACUGGCGCGGCAGCUGAGCAGCACAGAGCGUGAAGGCGAGGCCUGGCGGAGGUGUAUGGACCAGGCACACGAGCACGCCCGCAUGCUGUCCGACGUCGGCCUUGACUUCCGCAACCUCGUUGGUCAUGAGCCACCCACACGGACACCUGCCGCUCCCAAAGUACCAAGCGGACCAGUUGGUCUUGGCUUGUCGUGA